AUGAAGCGUCAGACAAAGCUCGCAUGCGACCAGUGCAGGAGGUCUAAAAGGGCCUGCGACGCCCCUCCUCUCGAGCUCCCGGAUCACGACAGCUUCUCUAACGGGACCAUCGUCCUGGGCAAGAGGCCUGCCUCGGAAGCUGAGCUUCAGCCUUGCUCGUACUGCACAAAGACCAAGAAGCAAUGCACCAUGAACUGGGCCUGGUCCCAGGUCCAGAUCACCGCCGCCCUGGCUGCCGCCGCGCGUGAGGACUCGAGCUUGGAGUGCAUCAUACCAGGGAAGCGGAGGCAGAGUAGCAGCAAGGAUGUCGAGGUUCAGCCUGCGAUAACAGAUACUGCCAGCUUCAGCAUUCCAGCUUGUCAACCGGGGCCGUCUCAGGGCCCACCGCAGGGUCUGUUCAGUCAGGAACUGCCGAACCUCGAUCUAUCGUUCCCCGAAGGGUCUCUCAGUGUCCUGCCGUUUGGUUCCGUGCCGCCAGAGAGUAACGUCCCUGGCCAUGACUUUAACAUGUCGGCGUUUGAGGAAGCCACGUCGUCGUCGUCGGAUUACUUGGCUGACAACUUGAGUCAUCAUUUAUCCGUUGGACCGGAGAGCAUCUGUUCGCAAGCGCCACCUGAAGUCCAAUUCGACGAUUCCCUUUCUGCCUCGCAGCAAAUUGAACCGAUUCCUCCUCCCAGUCGCUCUUCUCGCUCCGGAUCUAGUCGACUUGGAAGUGACAAGAGUCGGCAAAGGCAAAAACGCCGUCGCACGUCACGGAGCUGGUCAUCGCACCAGACCGGCUCUCUAUCCCCCUUCUCUAUAGACCAGUCAAUGAUGGCGCGGUCCAACACUCAGUUCAUCUCUACCAACCUGUUGAAGAUCUAUCACGACGUGUUGGAGCACAACCUCAGCUGCUGGCUGACAGAAGUGACGUGUCCGUAUAGACCUGGUUCCAACACGAGUCCACACUCUGAAUGGGGUGCUUCAUGGACGAACAGAAUCUAUAUCCGAACACAGAGACUUGACCGAGUGGCCCAGUCUGCUAAGCUGAUACAGUUGACCCGAUCCGAGGACCAAGCGGCCACGAGGGCCCUCCACCUUGCCAUCAUGGCCUUUGCGACCCAGUGGGCUCAAGGGAGUCGUCGUCAACGAGAGCGCUAUCAUCCCAUUGGCGACCCCUUCGAGGAUGACCGACCAGAAGACUUUCUCGACGAGAUCUCGGAAGAGUUUGAUCGAAACAUCCAGAAGCACUUUUGGGAGCAGGCGCAAAAGGCUCUGCAGGAUGUCGCCGACGUCGAGUCAUACCGAGUAGCCUGUGCGGAGCUGGUCUUUGGUCUGACGCAGAAGCCAUGGAGUCGUGACGAUGACUCGACCUCUGGGACUGAUGGGUUCGACUUUUUACUUGGUCAAGAGAGGAGGUUCGACGCGGACUCGAUGAUGGCUGAGCUAGGCGACAUCAUUGCCCGCGAUGGUGCACCAGUCAUGAUGGAACGAGCAGCUCGAAAGAUGCAUGCGUUAAAGUUCCAGUUUGACUCUACGAGGAGGGGCCUCGAUGGGUUCCGUCGUGGGAAGAAAGCUAGCGACUCUCUUUCCGUCAUGAGCCCGGAAGACCGAGGGACUGUUGGCUUGUUGUUUUGGUUAAGUAUAAUGUUUGACACGGUGUCGUCGUCGAUGAACGAGCGGCCGGUGGUCGUUUCUGACGCUGAGAGUCAACAUGACGAUGCUCGGCAACAUCCUGAAGGACCAGAUGGACAGUGGAAUGUCCCUCUGUUUAUCCAGGAUAGUCUUGAGCAACCGUAUCGGAUGGUUCAUUGGCCUUGCACAUACGAAGCUGCGGCGGAAGCUGUCACAAAGUCGGCGCCUGUUAAGGUCCUACUCUACCGACACGUCUCAUACCUGCAAAACAUUCUCCGAAAGGGAGGCAGGGGAGAAAAGGUCGAGCAGAUCAUCCGCAACUCGAUAUCCGUCUUCAGAUACUGGAACCUCACACACGGGGCCUUCUUCAAGGAACUGCUACACGACUACGAGGCUGUACCAGGACGUAUCCAGAGUUGGUUCGUUUGUAUAUCAUGUCACUGGCAUUUGGCUGCUCUCAUGCUAGCUGAUCUGAUCGAGUACGUGGACGAGAACGAGCUGGGUGUUGCUUCUGUAUCUUAUGGCCGUCUUGGAAGCAAGAUGGUUUCAAGGAUACGAGAAGCCAGCGCAAGAGAGCUAUCAGACCUAGCAAAAGUCUCCACCCCGGACAGAGGCACAACAGGCAUGAUAUCACCCUCGCUCUCACACUUCCACGACGCCGUAAACGAAGCCACCAUCCUCACCGAACCGUGGACCAUCAUCCUCAUCCGCGCCUUCUCCAAGGCCGCGGUCCUCCUCAUCAGCGAAGCCAACGACUUUCUCGAGUUUGGACUCACGACAAGGGGGAGCUUCCAGGAGAGUCUUGCUCGGGCGGAUGAGUGCACAAAGGGGUUGUGGUUGUUGGGUAAGAAGUCGGAUAUGGCGAGGAGGGUGGCGGAUAGGUUGUCUUUGGCGAUUAAUAAGCUAAAAGUGUAA